AUGCCGGCGACGACGGUGUCGACCUCUGCGGCGGACCUGCACGACCCCACGAGCGCGGCGUUCAAGAAGGCAAGAAGGCAGUAUCUCAAAACUACUCGCAACAGGACAGAACAUGUCGAAGCAGAAUGGACGCCCUUUAGGGCCGCUGAAAAGAAAUUUAAAGCACGGUUUCCCCCUCCGGACCUCUCGGGUGUACUGGACUUGGCCCUGCUGGACGACUCCCGGGCCGCGGAGGUGUCCAACGGUGUAUGGAAGGGCAGACCCAAUGCUGUGCAGUGCGAGGAGAUUGAGUUGAGACCUAGAGGAAGAUCGUCGGGAAUCAGGAAAGCUUAUAUAUUCCCGAAUACACCUGGACUUGUUCUUCUGCCCUCAUUCGUGCCGCCGGACGAACAGAGACGCCUUGUGCGGUGGGCAUUAUGCGACCAGGCUCGCCAUCCAAACGCGACCAACCUGGACGCCCAUUACAUCCUUCCUGAGGAUGGCCUGUGGAACCGCUUUUUACAGUCGAAGAAGGAGGCAUGUGAAGACACGCUCGUCGAACCCCGCGCGUCGUCGCCCGACCCUCCAGAAGUCAUCCCAUCGCCAGAACCCCCGGGACCUCGUAAGCUGGUUUUUAACGAGCCGGCAGGGAAACAUAACUAUGUAAAGCUUUCUGCAGCUCCAAAGCCGCCCCCGGCACCAUCGCCAUCCGUUAGCCCGUCACCUGUAUCGUCCCUUAUACCAAAGCUACGGUGGGCGAACAUCGGAUGGUUUUACCACUGGGGAACCAAGCAUUACGACUUUACACAGGGACCAGGCGUGAUCCACGAUGAAGUGCGGGAAGUCUGUAAGCGUGCUGUAACGGCUGUUGAGUGGGAGAAGGUCUUCGGUAGUGAGCGGAUUCCCAGAGGGGGAUGGGGCGAGGAUGCCCCUGACUGGGACAGUUGGCACGAGAUUUACGAACCAGAUGCCGGUAUCGUCAACUUUUACCAGGCCAAGGAUACGCUGAUGGCUCACGUUGAUCGGUCGGAGGUCUGCGCGACCUCGCCGCUAGUAUCCAUUUCGCUAGGCUGUGCGGCGGUCUUUUUGAUUGGCGGCCUUACGCGGGACGUUGAACCAAUCCCCAUACUUCUGCGCUCCGGCGACGUGGUCAUCAUGUCAGGACCCACAUGCAGGAGAGCCUAUCACGGUGUUCCCCGAAUAUUGGAGGGCACAUUACCUCCUCAUCUCGUAGCAGAGACUGAUAAUGACGAAUGGACAGUGUACGAGGAGUACUUGCGGACGACGCGCAUCAAUGUCAACGUCCGACAGGUAUUUCCCAGAGGGUUCAACCCGGAGCUGCACUCUGCCGCAGGGUCAUAA